UGGGUGUACUUCGGUGCAUCAAAAUUCACACCAAAAAUACGCAAUUUUGUUUUAUUUAUCGCAGACAUGAAAGAAACAUUUAUUUUAGGAUUGAAUACUAAACUUUGUUAAUGUUUUAUUUAUAACACGUUGAAAAAUUGUUAGUGUUUUGAUGAACAUAUGCUUCUAUUCUAUUCUACUUAAGUGCUUUAGUGCCUAAGUAAGUGACAAGUACAAUGAAACACCUUAUAUAUCAAACCCUUAGUGCGUGUUAAAUUAACAUGGAAACCAAAAAUUAUAUUUUUCCGCUUUGACUUUUAUUUGUGUUGCCAAUUAUGACUUUUGUCAAUGGUUAUGGUAUAUAGUAUUAUUUAUGCUGUCAAGGUUAAUGCACCCUAACCUAGAAAAAAGUGAUAAACUAGUGGAUACAAAAAAGAAGAAAAUAAAUAAAAUGAUUGAUAAAAAGGCCUCUGUGAAAGAUUUAAAACAAAGUGAAGACAAUAACAUGGCUACUAAAAAUAGGGCAGACGAUAUUUUGGAUCUAAUUAACGACUUUCGACAUAAUAAAUUUAAAAGUUCUCACGAGGUAGCUAUUAAAACAGAAAUAUUAAUGGAAAAAUUAAUAUCACAGGGACAGUGGACUACUGCUCAAGAGUUAAUGGACCUUAUUAGAAAUCGAAUUCGGAUAUUUUCAAAUGCUCUACCAGAAGAAACAACUCCUGUCAAUAUUAUGAGACAUAUUUUAAAGGUUAUUCGAGAAGAAUAUUUAGAUUUUAAGAGUAAAGUUGAGGAGCAACAGUCCCUGCAAUAUUUAGUAAUGGCAAAUCCUGAAGAUCAUGCAGGAGAUUAUACAAAACCACAGGAGAGAUUGAGAUCUGCUCUAUUAAAUAAUUUGACGGAAUAUAAAACUGAACUUGAAACAAGUGUAGAUAAUAUAGCAUCACAAGCUUUAGAACAUAUCCACUCAAACGAAAUCAUUUUAACAUUUGGAAAAUCAAACACUGUAGAACAGUUUUUGAAGUCAGCUGCCAAAGAUCGACAAUUUCAAGUUAUUGUUGUAGAAGCAGCGCCUAAUUAUAAAGGGCAUCUUAUGGCAUCAAAUUUAGCAAAAUGUAACAUACAAACGACAAUUAUUCCUGACUCUGCCGUUUUUGCAAUGAUGUCUCGUGUAAAUAAAGUGAUAAUUGGAACACAUGCUGUGAUGGCAAAUGGUGGAUUACAAGCUGCCUGUGGAGCUCAUACAAUAGCAUUAGCUGCAAAACAUUACUCAGUCCCUGUAAUGGUUCUUGUACACUUGUACAAACUGAGUCCUCUUUAUUUGUGCUCCUACGAACAAAAUGCUUUUAGUGUAUGCCAAUCUCCUGCUAGUGUUCUUCCUCAACGCAAUGGUCCAAUAGUUAGUCAAGUGCACGUUUACAACCCUGUUUUCGAUUACGUUCCACCAGAAUUAGUCACAAUAUUUGUUACACAUCAGGGUGGAAACGCAUCUUCGUAUAUAUAUCGGCUUCUAUCAGAACUGUACCAUCCUGAUGACCAAGAUCUGUAGCAAAUAAUGAGCAUUUUCUAUUUUCAAAAGUGUAUUUCUUUUGUUUCAUAUUACCCUUCUUGUAGGAGUGACCAUUGCAAUCGUCUUCAAAUUUGGUGAAGUAUUAUUGCUUUAUAUAUUUUUAAAUACCUAUUGUUAAUAUCUUUCUGAGUGGGUCUAGGCCUUUUCGCUACCUAAUUUUGUGUCUUUUCAAAGUUAAAAAUGUAGCAAAACAAAAUUUUUUAGGAUUUUCACUAAUUGCAUAAAAUACAAAGGACUUGUUUACUUAUUAACUAAUAAGGUAUUCUAGACAGGACUUUAUAGUAACAUUAUCUUUUUUAACUGACUAAUAAUGAAAAAAGAGCAACGCAACACCUCCACAACAAAUUGUUGCUACAAAAUAUUUUCCUCAUCAUACUGUAUGUAAUACCCAGAAAGUAAUUAUCGUUUUAUUGUGUUCAUUGUAGGUAUUUAUGUUCCACUUAGAAAGAUUAUUAUUAUGAUUUUUAAAUGUACAUAAAAAAUGGUACUAAUAAAAAUCUUAACAUUG